AUGAUCUUCUUCCUCUGUUGGCUGAUAAUAGAUAUCCCGGCUCUCCUAUGUGUGUUCCACCAUUCACCACCAGCUACGUCGCGACGACUGUACAAACUGCCGGCUCUCCAGGCUGACUCCCUUUCCCCACCUCACCCCCACCCAUCACUCGACUUCUACAGCUUCCAGUUGCCUGACUAUUUACGAAUCAUGUCGGGUAUUGACGAUGUGGAAAGCGGACGCAAGAACUUCAGGAGGCCUCACAACGCCCACAACCCGAUCCCUACAAUCUCCAAAUAUCGCGAGGAAAAGGAAAGAAGACAAGAGCAGUAUGGCCACCCGAACGAGACCCAAGGCACAGAAGAACCCUCGAAACGCGACCGACUUGGAGACGCAUACAGCGUGUUCAAGCAUGGCAGGAGCGAUGGCGACAAUUCAGGCGACGCUGGCCACUAUAGAGCUGUAAACAAGAACCUAGUGCAACAUGAGGAUGAGCAAGAAGCCGAGGACCACGCGGGAAAAUUGUCAUCUACAAAAGAAGAGCGGGAGCAGGAGAGUGACGGUGACGAUGGCGACGAGAAUGGAAUGAAAGACACAACGCAGGGCAACCUUAGUUCUUCAGAUCCAAAACAGGCGCGGAAAGAGAUGAAGAAGUUCAAGCCUGACGGGUCAGACAGACAAGUCACAGAUCCCGUUACCCAUCUUCCGGUCAAUAUCCAUGACUUCACAGAUCAUGACCUGGACACAACUCCCCACAAUCCUCCACCUGUAGGGUCAGAACCAAGAACUAUGACUGGUAUGGAAGCUCUCGACAAAACGGACGACCAUCUCAAAAAUGAAGAGCAGGAGUCCAAGGACGCGCACACGGCCAUGGAAGUAUUGUUCCCACCCCCAGAAUUCAACCGAACACGCAGCGAAAUUACGACGGUGUAUAUGCAGGCAGUCACAGUCGGUCUUGCGGCUGUUGCUGUCAGUCUGAUGGUGAUCAACGCCUCGUUCUGGCCCACGCGACACCACACUGGCUGGCCAAGGCAGGCAUUUAAAGCUGCGGAACUCGCUACUAUGGCUCUGGCUUCUGCAGGGAUUAUUGCAUUCAUGCGAAAAUGGUCGGAGAACAGGAUUAAGAACGUUUGGGAUGUCGAAGUGUGGCAUGCUGAGCGGAAGCGUGGGCGGAAGCUUGCAAAGAGCCAGACUGCGGAGAGCACGCAGUGGUUGAACUCGUUAUUUGCAGCAAUCUGGCCACUGAUCAAUCCUGAUCUGUUCGUGAGCAUAUCUGAUACCCUUGAGGACGUUAUGCAAGCUUCCCUACCGAGCAUGGUACGCAUGGUAGCAGUUGAAGAUCUUGGUCAGGGCAGCGAAGCGCUGCGCAUUCUUGGUGUGCGAUGGCUACCAACAGGGGCAGCUGCACGGUCCAUUGGCUCUGAUGGCAAAUUAAAGUCCUCAAAUGAAGAGAAACAGGAUCGCCAGCAAGAAGACGACGGAGAUGAGGAGAACAACAAGGAGCCGCAGGGGUCGAGUCAGCAGCCAGAACAUGACGAGAUGGAAGCAGAGGAAGGUGACUUUGUCAAUGUGGAAGUCGCAUUUGCCUAUAGGCCCUCGACAGGACGCGGUAUCAGGUCUCGGGCCAAGCAUGCACAUCUUUACCUAGCCUUCUAUCUUCCUGGAAAUGUCAAACUACCCGUAUGGGUCGAAUUGACAGGCAUCGUUGGCGUCAUGCGCCUUCGACUCCAACUGUGCCCGGAUCCUCCUUUCUUCUCUAUCUGUACCAUGUCAUUCCUUGGCCAACCUAAAGUUACUCUUUCCUGCGUACCACUCAUCAAAAAAGGACCAAAUUUGAUGGACGUACCCCUGAUCUCCAAGUUCGUUCAAUCAUCUAUUGAUGCCGCCUUGGCCGAGUACGUUGCUCCCAAAUCCUUGACGCUAGAUCUCAAAGAUAUGAUGAUGGGUGAUGACUUCAAGAAAGACACAAUCGCACAAGGAGUGAUAUGUGUCAGGAUAAAGUAUGCGUUUGAUUUCAAAGAAGGUGAUGGCAGGAUUGGACCCUUCGGCGGCUCUGCUGACCCGUAUGUGAGCGUGGGUUGGGCUAAAUUUGGAAAGCCGCUAUGGUCGACACGCAUUUUGCAGAAGAACAUGGAACCUCACUGGGAUGAAACAACCUUUAUUUGCGUUACUCCUUCCGAGUUGAAUGUGGACGAGAAACUUCGGCUCCAGCUUUGGGAUUCGGAUCGCACCACUGCUGAUGAUGACCUCGGGCGUAUUGAAGUCGACCUCAAGGAGAUAAUGAAGAGCGAGGAGUCUAAUGGUAAAAUGGUGGACCGCGAAGACGGUUUCAGGGCCCUCAAGGCCGGCGAGACCAUGCCUGGGAAGCUUAGCUGGAGUGUUGGUUACUUCUCCAAGACCAGAGUCACUGAUGACCAAUUGAUGGCACAAGAGGAAGAUCCUGAUGUCAGGAAUAUCGACCAAUUGAAAGAAAAGGCAUAUAAAGAAGCAGAGAGGAAACUCAGAGAGGCCAGCCAGGAUCAUCAACACGAGGUCGAGCAGCAAAAGUCCGAAGACUUCCGAAAUCGACAAGAUCAACUCAUUGUUGCCACACCACCUUCUGACGAAUAUCCUUCUGGAAUUCUUAGUAUCCAGAUCCAUCAAAUCACCGGUCUGCAGCUUGAGGUACUCAAUAAGAAGAAGGAGGAUUCGAACAGUGAAGCGGCCACUGAUGAGGAAGAGGAAAGUGACGAUCUUCCCUCUUCAUACUGUACCAUCAUCCUUAACCACAAGAAAGUCUUCAAGACACGAACCAAGCCUAAGAACUCCAAGCCUUUUUUCAAUGCAGGUUGUGAGCGCUUCAUCCGCGAUGUACGCAACACCGAAGUCCACAUCGCAGUACGUGACGCCCGUGUCCACGAAGACGACCCUCUACUAGGCAUCAUCUAUCUUCCGCUCGAGAAGGUCUUCCACAAGCGUAGUCAAAUCAACUCCACUUUCCCUCUUUCCGGUGGGGUUGGCUAUGGUCGUGCCCGUAUCUCGAUGGUCUUUCGCAGUAUCCAACUUCAAGUACCCAAACCCAUGCUAGGCUGGGAAUAUGGAACUCUCGACAUUCAACAUCGAGUUAAAGCCAUUGAUCUUCCCAAAGAUAUCCAGCCCUUGCGUAUGAAGAUUCGCACCAGGACUACACGGGGUAAAAUGCAUUCCCGCAAUCGGAACGGCCAUGUUGAGCAAGAAAACGGACAAGCAGUCUGGUCGACCCGAAACAACAAACCGAUCCGCCUCCCUGUCAGACAACGCUACUCGACCCCAAUGAUCAUCGAGUUCCGACAAGAUGCUACGCUCAAGGACCAUACCGUUGCCUUUGGCAUCUUCUGGCUAAAGGAUAUGCCGGACAAUGAAGAACAGACCGUGCGUAUUCCCGUUUGGAGGGGGGACGUCAAGCGUGCCGAGGAUAAUGUUCUUGAUGAGUAUGGUGAACGUGUUGGCGAGGUCGAAGUUACAUUUGCCUUUUGGAGCGGACUCUCAGGGUAUCACGAGAAGUUUGCAAAGGGCGACGGCCAUCUCCGUCAAGUCAUGGAGGUGUUGGAUGUCUGCAACGAUGAAGAGUGGACAGAUUGGGAUGACUCGUCCUCAGACCCGAAGAUCGGCAUCAACGAUAACAAGGAGACUGAAGAUGAUACUUCCUCAUCCUCGGAUAGUUCUGACUCGGACGACGAUAGUAGUGGCAGCAAGUUUAUUCCCAAUUUCCUUCAGAAAGACAAGAAGACAGAUUCGAAGCUUAGUGAAGACGGCGAGAGGGGCGUUAUGGCACAGAUCAGAGACUACAAGGAAAGUGCGCACCAUUUGCAUCGCAAGAACAGGGGAAUGAUGCAGUGGAAGGGCCCCCGGACUCUGGCCUGGAUGAAGCAUGUUGGGGAUCGAGGGAAGACAAAGGUCAAGAAUGUGUUCCAACAUAGUGAUAGGGUGGGACAGGGGAUUGAGACAGAGGGUACUUGA